UUACAACCAUUCCGUUUUACCAGACGUGCCAUGUGUGCCUCAAAACAUUGUCACUGCUCCCUUCUUUCCUAGGACUUUUCAGAAUUCCAGGCUGCGACAACUUUAUGGUCAUAGAAUGCAGCUGUUCAACAGAUCUCUGUUGACGCCGUGUGACUUUCCCUAGGGAGACAUGUAGAAGCGUCUUCUCCAGCUAGGGCAAACAAACACUAGAGAACCACAAGGAGAGUCUCCUACGCCUACACUUCUCAAAACCUGUUUAGGGGAUACUCCAUCUGCCUUCUUGCCCUUAAGAAUCCGUUGGCUUCAUUCAAACGCGCCGCCUUCGCCAACACCCAAUCAGAACGUCCGAUCUUCAGCUACCGACCAAUGAAGGAAUGCAAUAGACAAGGGGGGAGAGUAGGCAUGAAGCCAUCCCGCAGCGCCAUCACACUUUAGGGCAGGGAGGUUAAGAAGCCGGCAUGGCGCUCGGGUCAAUAAAAUCGAUAGCUGGCGGCUGCCUGUGUUCUAGGCAGCGGCGGUGCAGGCGCAGCGCCGCCAUCUUCCCCGAAGGCAUCUUCCGGUGCCUCUCGCCCAAGUUCCAGCGGGAGUUCCCCGAAUAACGGUGUGGUCUGCGUCGGGCCGACUCAGAUUCCCUCCGGGCCUUCCCGGCCGGGCUCCCAGGUCUCGGGGUGCGCCGUGCCCCGGGCGAGGCCGGGGCGCAAGUCCGAUGGCGCCACCCUCGGCUCCGCUCCCCGCGCGGGCACCCGGGGAGGCUGGACCAACUCGGAGGAGGGGCAGGAGGCCAAGGGCCUUGAAGUUCGCGGACGUGGCCGUGUACUUCUCCUCGGAGGAGUGGGGCUGUCUGCGGCCGGCGCAGAGGAUGCUGUACCGGGAGGUGAUGCGCGAGACCUACGGCCUCCUGGGCGCGCUCGGAUGUGCAGGUCCCAAACCAGCUCUCAUCUCCUGGUUGGAAAGAAAUACCGAUGAUUGGGAACCGGCAGCCCUAGAUCCGCAGGAGUACCGGAGAUGGGUAACAUUCCAGAGAAAAACCCGAACCAGACAGAACGAAGAGAAGGAAGUAUUCCCACCUAAGGAGACACCCCGAAAGGGGAAGCGAGGGCGGAAGCCCAGCAAACCGCGGUUGAUUCCCAGGCAGACAUCUGGAGGCCCCAUCUGCCCUGACUGUGGCUGUACCUUCCCGGACCACCCCGCCCUGGAGAGCCACAAGUGCGCCCAGAAUCUGAAGAAGCCCUACCCUUGCCCGGACUGUGGGCGCCGCUUUUCCUACCCAUCCCUGUUGGUCAGUCACCGGCGGGCACACUCUGGUGAGUGCCCUUACGCCUGUGACCAGUGUGGCAAACGUUUUUCCCAGCGGAAGAACCUGUCUCAGCACCAGGUCAUACACACAGGCGAGAAGCCCUACCACUGCCCUGACUGUGGCCGCUGCUUUCGACGGAGCCGGUCCUUGGCCAAUCACCGGACCACACAUACGGGUGAGAAACCUCAUCAGUGCCCCAGUUGUGGGCGUCGCUUCGCCUACCCAUCCCUGCUCGCUAUCCACCAGCGCACACACACAGGAGAGAAGCCCUACACCUGCCUAGAGUGCAGCCGCCGCUUCCGCCAGCGCACUGCCCUGGUCAUCCACCAGCGCAUCCACACAGGAGAGAAGCCUUACCCCUGUCCUGACUGCGAGCGACGUUUCUCCUCCUCCUCCCGCCUGGUUAGCCACCGGCGUGUGCACUCUGGGGAGCGGCCCUAUGCCUGCGAGCACUGUGAAGCCCGCUUCUCCCAGCGCAGCACCCUGCUCCAGCACCAGCUCUUGCACACGGGCGAGAAACCCUACCCCUGCCCGGACUGCGGGCGUGCCUUCCGGAGGAGCGGCUCCUUGGCCAUCCACCGCAGCACCCACACGGAGGAGAAGCUGCAUGCCUGCGAGGACUGUGGCCGCCGCUUUGCCUACCCCUCACUGCUGGCCAGUCAUCGGCGUGUGCACUCGGGCGAGCGGCCCUAUGCCUGUGACCUUUGCUCCAAACGCUUUGCCCAGUGGAGCCACCUGGCCCAGCACCAGCUCCUGCACACGGGGGAGAAGCCUUUCCCCUGUCUUGAAUGUGGUCGGUGCUUCCGGCAGAGGUGGUCUCUUGCUGUCCACAAGUGCAGCUCCCACAUCUCCAAUGGUAACCCCAGACCUGUGCUAGGAGGGCCCGGUCAGAGGAGAAGUGCCCUAUAGCG